GCAGGGCAGCGGAGAAGAGAACUGCGAGCGGGCGAGCGGGCGGAGGGAGAGUCGAGAGCGUUUUGCGCACGAGGAGCUCGUUCAAAGGAAGCCGCGAGGGGUGUGUGCAGGCGCUGGAGGAGCUCCCGACGCAGCGUAGCGUAUUUUGGGCGGAUCGCGCGAGCGUUGUUGCGGAGUUUGGGAGUGUCCGGGUGCAGCAGAUCUGGAAGCCCGAGUCGGUGCGGAAGAGGGGACGUCCAGGGUUUGGGGAUUCGGUGUGAGGAAGGAAGUUCGUGUGCCAGGGCUGAGAAUCAAGAUCUUGAGCUUUUUGGAGGCGUGCUAGGAAGUGCAAAUUUCAAACUGGAACGAUAUCGUCGAGGUAGUGGGGUUUGAUCGCUUUAGGUGAUCUAGAUCUCGAGAGGUAUGUCUUCGGACGCUUUUCCGGUAGAAAGCAAUGGAUUGAGCGAGUCGGGCAAUGGUUUGUCCACCAAAGGCGCGUACAAGGACCAUGGCUGGCAGAAGGUAACCAACCUCAAGAAACAGAGGCGCCAGGCUGCUAAAUCGUCGACUGGAGCGGACAAAUCUGAUGGUUUUGAGAACGUGAAGUCUGAUUCGAAAGCCUUCCAGGCUCUCGAGACCGAGGCCGAAGAACGCAGGGCUCGACGAAAGGCUAAGCUCGAAGCUGCCGCUGCUGCGGCUGCCGCCUAUGGUGCAGAGUUCUCUCAUUCUGGCGAGGACGAUAGUGACGCCGAUGAGAACGGUGCCAAAGCCAAUGGUGGGAAGGAUAACGCGGAUGCGAAGAAGUCCAAGCCAAAGAAGCCGAAGAAGCCCAAGGUGACCGUUGCUGAGGCAGCUGCAGCGAUCAAUGUAGAUGAACUUGCCACUUUUCUAACAGAAAUUUCGGAAUCCUUUGCAACUCUGCCCGAUGUACAAUUGAUCAGAUUGGCGGACUACUUUGCGCGCGCAUUUAAUCCUGUUACCAACGCUCAAUUUGCUUGGAACAAGAUUUUACGCGAGUCACCUUUCGCCAAGACUGUAGAGAUCCCUUUAUGUUACAUUCCGGAGCCAGUGGCCAAGGUGACAUCCGACUGGCUUGCUCAAAAGCCUGCUGAUGCUUUGUCAAAGUUCGCUUUCUGGUUGUUGAAAGAGAUACUCGAUGAGCCGCAGCAACAGCACCACAAGGGAUCUAAAACAGUGGCUGCACUGCCAACAAAGGCCAAGGUUGGAGUACUUGUGAUCCUAGCUUUGCUGGUGCGGAGAAAACCUGAGGCUUUCUUGCAGCAAGCUUCCGCUGUACGGGCACAGUUUGUGGGUCAAGAAAAGCUGCACACCUUAGCUUGGGUGUAUGGCCAGGCCUUGCAAGGUGAUUUGGUCGUCGGGAUGGCCUUGUGGGUACAAAAUCUGCUCCCCUUGGCCGUAGGAAAGUCCAGCACCCCUGCUUCACGGGAUAUUGCCUUGCAAUUUAUUGAGAAUUUACUUUUUGCAAAUACGAAAAAAGCACGGACCAUUCUGCUAAAUGGUGCGACUAGGAAAGGAGAGCGACUUGUGCCUCCAGCUGCGUAUGAGUUAGUAUUAAGGGCUGCAUAUCCCAUCGAAUCAGCAAAGACGAAGGCCACAGAAAGAUUUCUAGCAAUCUAUCCUCUUAUUAAGGAGAUUGUGUUGGCCGGAACAUCUAGAAGUAAAGCUACAAAGCCCGUAGCCCAACAGCUUUUGCCCCUCAGUCUCGCCGGUGCAGCAGACGAUGUGCCCGCCAUUCAAGCGGAAGCAUGCGGAAACUUCGUCUGGUGCUUGUCACAGAAUGCUGACUCUUACAAGCAGUGGGAAAAGCUUCACCUUGAAAAUUUGAAAGGAAGUACGCGCAUCUUGAAUCAUAUCAACAAUGAAUGGAAGGAUACGUCCGCACAUCUGAUACCUCUCGACGACCUUAAGAAAACCUUGCUGGCUUUAUCUUUGAAGCAUCGUAACGGUAUGGAAUCUGCAGAAGGGGACGCAUUGUUGGAAUCACAAUUGAAGGCUGCUGAGUCAGUUUGCAAGUCCUUAUUAAGAAAGACUUCCCGAGUUCCGAGUUGCACAAAGGCAGUGGCGACUCUCGCUGUUUGCGCUGGUAUCGGGUAUGGGUUUUACCUAAUCAGUCCGACUGUAAAUCCCUGGGACUGGGAUGGAAAACUUCUUCUGAGCAAGACCCACUCGAUGUUUUAAGGAUUACGUAGUACGUUUAAAUCAUACUGAUCAGAUUAGCGACGCCAACAUUGGAGGUCAGUAUUCAUAGCAUGCUAAGAGCAAGCAACAUUUUUUUUAUUGCUCCUGGGAAGAAGUUGGAGCCUUAAUCUCAGUAGUCAGUCAACAGAUAUUCACGCACCAUGAGUCAAUCACUUGGAUCUGCACAACCUUUUUGGACGCUGGGGUCAGUCCAGGAUUUUACCCUGGUUGUAACUAUAAGGGAAUGUUUCCCACUUUAUUGUGGGCUGCGAACACUGCAUAGGUUUGUUCCUGCACUGCAGCAAGUGGAGAAGGCAGUUCAUGCCAUUUAUUGUUGAGCUCCACGAAUUUGACUAAAGAUUGCAAGCAAGACGUUUGUAACCGAGUGUUCUUCCGGUCUGUUACGCUGUUCAUAUUAUGCGUAUCUAGUCAUCACCCUUGUAGGGAUUGGAAGACAAUACUGUCCUGGCAAAGUCAGCUGACAGUUUCUCAGAGUGUUCGUUCGUUUGAGACCUCAAUCAAAAAUGUAUGCCGCAAUCUGAAGUCAAUUUUGUCAGUAAUGUAUAAUGUGGAGAUUGCAGAGCUUGAAUGCCUCCUCAGU